CAACAUCUUGGCAAAACCCUAAAUCCAAAGCUACGGCAGGUGUGGACAACCAGAGACUGGGAGCACAAGAUACAAGCAUUCGCAAGGUUUUUCACUGACGUCAAGCAGAAAAACCUUUUGUCCGACGAUUCCAAGGCGCUCUGUAUCGGAGCUCGAGUCAGGCAAGAGGUGGCCGUGCUGCAAAGAAUCGGUGUAUCGGACUCAAUUGGGAUGGAUCUGGUCAUGUAUCCUCCGUUGGCGGUGACUGGUGAUUUCCACAACCAACCAUUUGGCAACAAAAGCUUCGAUUUUGAUUUCUCGAACGUGUUUGACCACGUAGUCUACCCGUCCAAGUUCGUUGGGGAAAUCAAAUGGACAUUGAAGCCCGGAGGUAUUUGCGUUUUGCACAUGGCUUUACCAGAAGGUCUAAUAAACUACUCGGCCAACGACCUAUAUUGUGUGGAGCCUUUGGUGCAGUUGUUUGAGUUAGAGCUCAUUCAUGUCUGUUUUGUUGACGGAUUCGGUCUCGGCACAGAGGUGGUUCUCUGCAAAAAGAAGAACAAGUAA